CCCCAACCCCGGGCGGCCCUUCCCGGCGCGGCUCUCCCGGUUUCUCCCCCCUCCCCUCUCCCCUCCCCGGACCGAUCCGGGCCGCGAUGCUGCGCUGCGUCCCGCCGCUCUGGCGCUGCAACCGGCACGUGGAGGCGCUGGACCGGCGGCACUGCUCGCUGCAGGCCGUGCCCGAGGAGAUCUACCGCUACAGCCGCUCGCUGGAGGAGCUGCUGCUGGACGCCAACCAGCUCCGCGAGCUGCCCAAGCCUUUCUUUAGGCUUUUGAACCUCCGUAAGCUGGGCCUGAGUGACAAUGAGAUCCAGAGACUUCCCCCCGAGGUGGCCAACUUCAUGCAGCUGGUGGAACUGGACAUCUCCCGCAAUGACAUUCCAGAAAUUCCAGAAAGCAUCAAAUUCUGCAAAUCCUUGGAGAUCGCAGACUUCAGUGGGAAUCCCCUUUCCAGGCUUCCUGAGGGUUUCACGCAGCUGCGCAGCCUGGGCCACUUGGCCCUGAACGAUGUUUCCCUUCAGAGCCUCCCCAACGACAUCGGGAAUCUGGCAAACCUGGUGACUUUGGAGCUACGGGAGAACCUGCUAAAGACUCUACCAACUUCACUCUCAUUCCUUGUCAAGUUAGAGCAGUUGGAUCUUGGUGGCAAUGACCUGGAAGUCCUGCCGGAUACCCUGGGAGCGCUGCCAAACCUGCGUGAGCUGUGGUUGGACCGCAACCAGCUCUCUGCUCUGCCUCCGGAGCUGGGCAAUCUCCGCCGUUUGGUCUGCCUGGAUGUGUCGGAGAACAAGCUGGAGCAGCUGCCCAACGAGGUCAGUGGGCUGGUAGCACUGACGGACCUGCUGCUGUCACAGAACCUGCUGGAGUGCAUUCCAGAUGGGAUCGGUCAGCUGAAGCAGCUCUCCAUCCUCAAGGUGGACCAGAAUCGGCUGACAGAGGUGACGGAGUCAAUUGGGGACUGUGAAAACCUAUCAGAACUCAUCCUGACAGAGAACAUGCUGACAGCCUUACCCAAAUCCCUUGGGAAGCUAACCAAGCUGACAAACCUGAACGUGGAUCGGAACCGUUUGACGUCCCUUCCGGCUGAGAUCGGGGGCUGUGCCAACCUGAACGUCCUGUCUCUGCGAGACAACCGCCUGGCCCUGCUGCCAGCAGAGCUCGCCAACACCACCGAGCUGCACGUCCUGGACGUGGCAGGAAACAGGCUCCAGAAUUUGCCCUUUGCUUUGACAAAUCUUAACCUGAAAGCCUUGUGGCUGGCAGAAAACCAAUCCCAGCCCAUGCUGAAAUUCCAGACAGAGGAUGAUGAAAAGACGGGAGAAAAAGUUCUCACGUGCUACCUGCUUCCCCAGCAGCCCUCUCCUAGCCUAGAGAACCUUCUGCAGAACAGCGUGGAUGAGAGCUGGACGGAUACGAACUUAAACAGAGUCAGCGUGAUUCAGUUCCUGGAUGACCCCAAAGGAGACGAUGAGGAUGAAUCUGGAGCUGAGAGGCGGGGCUUGCAGCGCAGGGCAACCCCUCAUCCCAGUGAGCUGAAGGUGAUGAAGAAGGUGAUCGAAGUUCGGCGCAGUGAGGUCUGUGCUGCAAAACCUGGCACAGACCUGAAUUCAUCCAGCUCAGAAGAAAAGAGACUGAGUGCCACCUCCAACCGCAGCGAGGACUCCCAUCUGUCCAACAGCACCGUCUCUGCUGACUGCAGGGCAGAGGAGCAGGGAGAGGAGAGGCAGAGGAGCCGGCCGAAUGGGCAGGUGCUGGAGAUGCAGGAGCUGGAGAAGGAGGCCAAGCCAAGAGCUGAAGAAGAGCGUAAGGAAGCGGUUGCCCAGGAGGAUGAAGAUGUGGAAGUGGAAUACAAUGAGCCCACUGUACACUUUGCUGAGGACACACUGAUAAGGAGUGAGGAUGAAGAUGAAGAUGAAGAGCGGCCGUUCCCAGUGGAGAAACAGAGGCUCAUCCGCAAGGAUACGCCCCACUAUAAGAAACACUUCAAGAUAACUAAGCUGCCCAAACCAGAGGCAGUGGUAGCACUCCUGCAGGGGCUGAACACUGAUGGAGUCCCCAAAGAAGAGGAGGAACUGGGCGGCUGCAACAACAGCGCGGAGCCUGAGGAUGAGGAGGAAGCGUGGGAUGAGGAUGACAGGAAGAACGGAUCUUUAUCUGCUCAGCCAUCAGUGAAGGGGGUGUCGUUUGAUCAAGCCAAUAAUCUGCUGAUUGAACCUGCUCGCAUUGAGGAGGAAGAGCUGACACUGACUAUCGUGCGGCAGACGGGGGGGCUGGGCAUCAGCAUCGCAGGGGGCAAGGGCUCCACCCCCUAUAAGGGUGAUGACGAGGGCAUCUUUAUUUCCCGUGUCUCAGAGGAGGGACCUGCAGCUCGUGCAGGGGUUCGUGUUGGGGACAAGCUUCUGGAGGUGAACGGAGUGUCCCUGCACUGCGCGGAGCACCACGUGGCGGUGGAAGCGCUGCGUGGCUCGGGGAGCUCCGUGUCCAUGACGGUCCUGAGGGAGCGGAUGGUGGAACCGGAGAACGCCAUCACCGUCACCCCGCUGCGCCCUGAGGAUGACUACAGCCCUCGAGAGAGGAGGGGUGGCCUCCGCUUCCCUGAGCGACCCGAGGGGGCACCUCCCAAGGAGAGAUACUCCACCUGCUUGAUGCGCAACGAGAAGGGUCUGGGCUUCAGCAUUGCUGGUGGCAAAGGCUCCACGCCGUACCGGGCUGGUGACACGGGGAUUUUCAUCUCACGGAUUGCAGAGGGAGGUGCAGCCCAUCGGGACGGGAUCCUGCACGUAGGAGACCGGGUCAUCUCGAUCAAUGGGGUAGACAUGACAGAAGCCAGGCAUGAUCAGGCCGUAGCGCUGCUUACCGCAUCCUCCCCCACCAUCGUCCUGCUGGUAGAGAGAGAGGCUGCAGAGCAGCCCGGCGAGGGAGACGCGCCUGGCGCGCCGUGGGUGCGCAUGCACUCCCCACCGCCACCCCCCAGCCAUGGGGAGAGCCCAGCAGAGGAGAUGCCUUCGCUGCAGAGGAGCCAGCUCUCUAAAGGCCUGGAGGAUCAGUAUCCCAUCGAGGAAAUUCACCUCGUAAAAGCAGGUGGUCCUCUGGGGCUCAGCAUCGUGGGAGGCAGCGACCAUUCGAGCCACCCGUUUGGGAUUCAUGAACCAGGGGUUUUCAUUUCAAAGGUCAUUCCCCGCGGGCUGGCGUCUCGCAGUGGGCUGCGGGUAGGGGACAGGAUCCUGGAGGUGAACAGCAUUGACCUGCGCCAUGCCACGCACCAGGAGGCCGUGAACGCUCUGCUCUCCAACACCCAGGAGCUGAGCGUGUUAGUAAGGCGAGAUCCACCACCGCCUGGCAUGCAGGAAAUAUGCAUUGAAAAGGCUCCAGGAGAAAAGCUGGGCAUCAGCAUCCGAGGUGGAGCAAAAGGUCAUGCUGGAAAUCCAUUUGAUCCUACUGACGAAGGCAUCUUCAUUUCUAAGGUGAGCUCCUCUGGGGCCGCAGCGCGGGACGGCCGUCUCAAGGUGGGGAUGCGGAUCCUGGAGGUGAACCAUCAGAGUUUGCUGGGGAUGACGCACACAGAAGCAGUGCAGAUACUCCGAAGUGUGGGCGAUGCUCUGCUGGUGCUGGUGUGCGAUGGCUUCGAUCCCAAGGCUGCAGCUGCCAUUGAGAUGUCUCCGGGAAUUAUUGCAAACCCUUUUGCUGCUGGUAUUGGACGCAAGAAUAGCCUGGAAAGUAUCUCAUCUAUUGACCGGGAUCUCAGCCCUGAGGAGCUGGAGGUGCUGCAGAAGGAGAUGGAAAUGGUGAGAGAAGCGACUCAGUGGGAGAGAGAAGAAAUGGAGAAAGUGGAGUGGAUGCGUAGGGAGCGGGAGGCGGCCACGCGGCAGCUUGAGGAGGCGGCAGAGAAUGUCACGAGUGAACCUUUGCGAAUGGACUAUCGGACCCUGGCUGCUUUGCCCAGCAGUGGCUCACAGAGAGUCAAUCGCACUCCCGUUCAUUGUGAUAGGGCCACCUCCGGCACGGGGACUGACCGCACUAUGCUGUCCUUGCCGGUGGCACAGGACAGCCAGGACUGCUCCCCAGCAGCAGCAGCAGCAGCAGCAGCAUCCCUGACCACCAGAUGUGAGCCUGGCCCUCCCCAGGACCCCGCGUCGCCCUGCCGGCGCACGUGCGGGGCAGAAAAGCCCCCUGUAGACGAACGGGAUGCCAACCAUUGCUCCCCUCCCCGGGAGCCAGAGGCACCAGAGCAAGAGUGCAUGAUCGACUCCCAGCCCAUCCUCUUCAGCGAGAACCCCUUCGUGGUGGCCAACCGGAGGGGGAAGGCGGCGGGCAAGGCCUGCCUGGGGGGCCCCCCGCUGGGCUAUGGCAGGGAGGGAGUGCUGAAGACCAACCUUUACUCCAAGAUUCCUGAGUCGGGGACAGGAAAUUCGAGGCGAGAAACCCCCUAUUCUCCCAGUAACCAGCAGAUGCCCGCAGCUGCUCGGCCAGGCAGGGAGACACGCUUUGCUUCCAUUAACUUCAUUGCAUCGCAGGAUGACAGCAGAUCACAGACCAAGCCAGGCGUCAUUCAGCCUCUUUCUCGAGCGCGACAAAAUGCUGCCUCGCAUAACCCGGAGGAGGGGGACAGCCCCAAUCCCUUCCAGCAGCCCGAGCCGUGCUCCGCUGUCCACAGCUCUCCAAAGCCACCAUCACCACCCUCUCCUGAUGAGAUUCCCAUCAACGUCAAGCAAGCAUACAAGACUUUUGCAGCAGUGCCCUUGUCACACCCUCUGCUCGAGACACAGGUGCCGACGCAGAGCCUGCACAGCCCUGAGCAGCGAUCCUUCCGUGAGAGGCAGAAAUACUUCGAAGUGGAGGUGAAGCAGCAGCAGGUGGACAAACCUCCCAAACGCGUCUCCUUGGUGGGAGAGGAUGACCUGAAGAAGAUGAAGGAAGAGGAAGCUCGAAAACUGCAGCAGAAACGUAGCCUUCUGUUGGAGGAAGAAGUGGAAGAGGACGAGAUGAUAAAACAAGUGCCUGAGAUGAGCAUGCAGUCCACUGUCAUCAUUGAAGGAGUUGAAUACAAGAUUGAGAGGCUGAAUGGAAGGAGCAGCCAGGCUCCAGCAACUCGGACCUCAGAGGUGAAUGAGAACAACAGCUCACAGAGGAAUUCACUGGAAGAAGGAAUGAAGCCUGAACAGAGAACGAACUCCAUGUCUGGGUUGAGUCCAUUAAGCCUUGCAGCAGGGGAUGCGUUGGCCCCGGUGCGCACAGCCAAAGCGGAGCGGCGGCACCAGGAGAGGUUGCGAAUGCAGAGUCCUGAGCUCCUGAGCAGCCAAGAGAAGGAACUUUCUCCAGCAGAACGUCGUGCUCUGGAGGCAGAGAAGCGAGCGAUGUGGAGGGCAGCACGAUCCUCAACUCUUGAAGACAGUAUUAAACAGUACGAGCAGGAUCUGGCCAGGAAGCUGUACCAGUCCCGGCAAUGGGCUCCUGCUCCCGGGGCCAGGCCAGCUCAGAUGCCUAGUCCAGUGCAGAGUCACGCCUCGAGAACCCCUGGGUCAGGAAACCAAUCCAGGAUGAAAUCCCUUGAACAGGAUGCUCUUAAAGCCCAAAUGGUCAUUGCCAAGUCCAAGGAGGGAAAGAAGCGCAGCACUCUGGAGCAGGUGACAGAGUCACCUUCACCCGUUCCUACCCCGUCGCCAACACCACUGGAAGAUUGCAGUCCCAGGAACGUCACUUCACCAGGAAGGCUGUCCAUGUCUGAAAAGAAGUUUGACUACCGGGAAUUUGCUGCUAUUCCUUCCUCCAAACCUGUUUACGAAAUCCAGUCUCCUGAUGCAGCUGAUGACCUCAGAUAUGUUGAGGACAGAAAUAACUCAGUUCCUCAGGAGCAAGACGGACAGCCAGAGGAGGAGGAAAUGCUAUUAACACGUGAUUCAUCAACGCCAACCGCAUCUGCACUUGAAGAGAUGGCUCUGUACAGCAGCAAACGCAAACUGCGGCACAGCCGGCGCAGCCUGGAGGCCGCCGUCCCGACGUAGGCAAUCCAAAGCUCCUGGGCUUUGGGACGGCCCGACACGGGGCUCCUGAACUUCCCGUGCUCCAGGAGCGGCACCAGACUGCCCAUAGCGCUGCCUCCUGGGCUCCGGGGGGAACUGAGCACCCCAGGAGCGUUGCGGUCAACCGACUUCCUUAAGGCUGUGAACCGCCCUAUUUUCUCACCCGGUAGAGCACUGGGGCACGUCCUGACCCCACGUGGGAUGGCACGAGACUGAUGGAUGGUAACCAAGAGGAAGCGUGGGUAGGACAGUGGGCAGCUGCAGUUUGUUAGCCUGUAAAUAUUGGGGGGGAGGGCGGGGACGGUAGGACAGGGAGAACAUAGAGUGUGAGUGUGUUGGGCUCCAGCUGUUAUUUCCUCGACUUGGGUCUUUUGUUUAAUGGUUAAUAUGAGAGCUUCUACUCUGGUCUGAAUGAGAAGGAAGUUCCAGCCUUCACUCCUAUUUAAUUUCCAGUCUUUUGCCAAGAAGCAUCUUCUUCCACCCUCCCACGCUGUCACCUCACUUUCUUUUGGGAGCGUGUGGAAGCUUGGAGGCAAAAAAGAAAAAGAAGAACAAAAAAGGAAUUGUAGUGAAGUGCCUCCCUCUAACACUGACACCUGUGCGCUCAAAAGAAGACUGAAUGAGCCGGAGCCUGUGCCAGCUCCAGGAAGCAUCAGCUCCAUUCCAUUGCCUCUGUGAGCGCAGCACCUGUCCCAUGCAGGGAGCUGCUCCUGCCUGCAGUGCUGUACUGUUUUGGGAGGCAGGAAUCUACCCCACAUACACACUGUGUGCACGUAGCGUGUACCACUGUGCACGGUGCUGGGUGUCAGACAGGUGUCUGUCUGCUGUCCACAUCACAGCUGAACGGGUGCGCCGGGGCAGAAAUGAGAAAGGAGUUGAAAAGCUGUAGAAGGAACAGUAGCAGUGUGAGUGCAUGGCAGCAAUAGCAAGCAGAAUAGCGAGGGGUUAGGAAUACGGCGGCAGAGGUAGGAGGUGUAAACAGCAAAUAAGGUAGGGGUUAGGAUUCAGGGAACGGGGAAGGGUAGGAAGUGGCAUUGCUGGGUCAGGGUAGGACUAACGGGGUCUUACAGGUAGGGUACCGGUGGGUGAGUCCCACUGGCUGUGAGAUGAUAGGUGAUGUUGUGAGGGUGCCUGCGGGGUCUGAAGGAGUGACUGCCUGCCAGGCAGGGAGCACAGCGGGUGGGAUGGAUCUGGGAAGAACCUGCAGUAAGCGCACGGUGCUGCUGUGUGCCUGCGUGUCGGCUUCAGGCCGCUGUCUGCAUAGGGCAGGGCAAACACGUGCUUGUCCAAGCAAGAGGAAAAAAGAAAAAUGGAAAAGGGACUUGGGUGUGAUUCCUGGUUGCCGCACAUGGAACAGUGGCCGUGGACAGUUUGCAUCCAGUGUGCUCUACAGACAUGGAGGAGGCUGAUGCUGCUCACGGCUCUGAAAUCAGUCUCUGCUGUUCUACUGCCCACUACUGAAAUAAAACAUCCCUGUUCCUUUUUUUUUUUUUUUUUUUUUUUUAAUGGAUUUUGUUUGGUUUGUUUUCGUUGGGUUUUCUUUUGUUAAAGCCUCCAAUACAGAGAAAGGCGUCAGAGUUCAGCAGUCAUUGAUCUGUCCAUCCAGAUCCAUUGGUGCUCUCUGCUGAACUCCAGCAGUAAGGCCAGGGCUGAACCUUACCUGGGACGUGGCUUGGGAGCAGCAGGCACGUCUGCUUAUGCAUUUGCUGAGUGACUGGAUGCAUUUUUUUUAUGGUCGAGCAUCUCCCUUCAUGCCAAACUCAUUUGUACUGACUCCACGUGGUUUAAUUUGGUAGGGCUCUGAAGGGGGAACUCGGAAUAACAAGCUGCAGCUACGGCUGCUUCCAUCAUCAGCAAUUGGAGCUUUUCCUUUUUUAAAGUCUAAUUUUAGCCUAUGCUUUUUAACAAGAGCAGUUUUGGAAGCGAUCUCGGAUUUGUUUUGGUGACUAACGUGAUUCUUUCUUCUUUCCCUUUUUGGUACCCGCUGCCAGGCUCUGGGUUCUCUCCCCUUCUCUCCUGAGAGACUCUGAGGGAAAAUUAAUUAGUGCAUCAAGACUGUAACUAGUGACAUUUGUACAACCAAAGAAAUCUAUUUUGUGGUUCAAGGAUAAUAAAGUUUACUUUACAUUUUAGAA